CUUCGGUAUGGGUGGCACAGGCGGGAUGCAGAUGAACGCCGCACAGAUGCAACAUCAACAGCUGAUUCGUUCACAAAGCGGAGGUAUCGGUGGUUCCGGUAUGGCUAACAGCACUCAAAUGCAGCAGCUACUAUCGCAGCAACACCAGCAACAGACAUUAGCCAUGCAGCAGAGUAAUAAUCAGAUGUCACUGCAGAUGCAAAUGUCGCAAUCCUCAUCAGUCAACUCUGUCAGCAGUACCGGAACCGGUUCCCCUCUGCACCCGCACCAGCAGUACGGCGCCGGCAGUCCAGGAGUGCGCAGCCUGCCGCAACAACAACAACAGCAACACUCGCAACCACCGGCAACCACCACGGAUCCGUCCGUAGCCGCUGCGGACUUUAGCCUCGAAUUUCUGGAGAAUCUUCCGACCGGAGACACGUCGAACUUCAGCGCUCAGGAGCUGCUGAAUUCCCUCGACUCAACGGCGGGCUUCAACCUCGAUAUUCUGUAAGACCACGCGUAUCGCGGUCUAUUCGGGAAAUCGAACGUUGUCGGGGUCGGUUGCAAACUCGAUCGCGACGCGAACGCGCCACAUCGAUCACCCUGUCGAAGCACGCGUUACGAUUUCUGCGACGGUUUCACCGCCGCUAGUAAAUCCACUUUCUGAGUCGCGUCGUGCUUCGACGAUUCGCUUGACGAUAUCGCGCAAUCAAUGAACCAAAGUGGAGCGUAAUCGUCGCUCGGAACGGAGGCUGGAGCGGUUAGACGAAUAUAAAUGAAGCAAGGUUAGAUGCAAUUCGCUCGGGUCGUGUUCAUCGUAAAGAUGGAUACAGAAAAUGGAUGAGCAGACCGCGAAUGAAUCACGUUUGAGAAGUGAUACGAGGAUGGAAGAAGCGGCCACCUCCGUGGAGCAGUGACGAUCACGGUGACCCCGGAAAGGUCCUCCGCGUUGAUCGAUUGAUCCAUCCUCGCGCAAACGUCAGGGUGUUCGAUCCAGUCGAACCGGCCUCAACCGUGCACCA